GCGUACACGCUGUCAAAUCAAGCUGGAAAAGCCAACACAUCAGCCGGCUGAGAGAGACUGCUGGAUCGUCUACCGUUAGCCUAUGUUACAAUUUCGUUUGGUUUAAUCGAUUAUUUUCACGUUUUAAGAACUGAUAUUAUAGUCGUGGUUAAUUAGAUCUUUGCCCCUCGCUGAAAAUGGCUGAUCCCAAAUACGCCAACUUGCCAGGAAUUGCCUUCAAUGAGCCGGAUGUUUACGAGACCGGUGACCUUCCAGAAGAUGACCAGGCUCAGUUUGAGUCGGAGCUGGAGGAGCUCUGCAGCGACAGCGUGGAGAGGAUUGUGGUCAACCCCAACGCCGCCUUUGACAAGUUCAAAGACAAGCAUGUCAACACCAAGGGGCUUGACUUCUCAGACACAAUCAGCAGAAGCCGAAGAGUGGGCUAUGAGUCGGGAGAAUUUGAAAUCCUUGGAGAGGGCUGUGGAGUGAAGGAGACGCCGCAGCAGAAGUACCAGCGCUUGGUGAACGAGAUCCAGGAACUCACCCAGGAGGUGGAUGCCAUCCAGUCUGCCACAAAGGAAACCAACGCAGAGGAGCGCCUGACCCCGGUGGUCCUCGCCCAGCACGCAGCGCAGCUCAAACAGCAGCUGGUUUCGGCCCAUCUGGACUCGCUGCUGGGGCCACACGCACACAUCAAUCUGUCGGACCCAGACGGAGCGCUGGCCAGGCGUCUGCUCACCCAGCUGGAGUGUGCCAAGGGCGGCCGCGGCAGCGCCACCGGGGACAGCAAGCCGCCGGCCUCCGCUAAGGGCCCCGAUGGAGUGGUGCUCUACGAGCUACACAGCCGACCAGAGCAGGAGAAAUUCAAUGAAUCUGCCAAGAUGGCGGAACUGGAGAAGCGUCUAGCUGAGCUGGAGAUGGCUGUUGGCUCCGGAUCAGACAAGCAGGGACCUUUGAGUGCUGGCGUACAAGGAGCCAGUUUGAUGGCCACCAUAGAGCUCCUGCAGGCGAGGGUCAGCGCACUAGACUCAGCUACUCUGGAUCAGGUGGAGGCCAGGCUGCAGAGUGUCCUCGGGAAGAUGAAUGAGAUUGCUAAACACAAGGCAGCGAUCGAGGACGCCGAGACACAAAACAAGGUGUCGCAGCUCUAUGACGUGGUGCAGAAGUGGGAUUCCAUGUCCACUUCUGUGCCUCAGGUGGUGCAGAGGCUCGUCGCUGUAAAGGAGUUGCAUGAGCAAGCGAUGCAAUUUGGCCAGCUAUUGACCCACCUGGACACCACUCAGCAGAUGAUCAACAACUCUCUGAAGGACAAUAACACCCUGCUAACACAGGUCCAACAGACAAUGAAGGAAAAUUUGGGGGCUGUAGAGGAGAACUUUGCUGCACUAGAUCAGAGGAUGAAGAAGCUCUCCAAUUAAACGGUGGCAGACUUUGGACCGGUCCGGGAGACGAGUGUUGAACAUGGACAAAUGGGAGCGGACCAGAGUAAACAGAGGAGGGAUUUGGGUUUUUUAACUCUGUCCUUACUGGCCAUCGCUCGCUCUCUCUCUCAAUCCUUCUCUCUCUCUCUCUCUCCCGCGCUCCUCUUCGCCUCUGCCUUUUUUCACAAAGUGGAAUGUUAGAAAGAUGGAAUGACAAACAAAACAAAAUGAGACUAAAUGUUCUGGUCCAAACCUCCUUUCCUCGUCCUUUCUCCUGCAUCAAAUUGACAUCAACACAUUUGUUCAUUCUCUACCUGCCACUGAUUGCAGUCCCCCGUUAAAAACAAUCCAGUCUAAAACUUGAACUUAUUAGUAGUAUUAAACAGAUAAGAAAUUUCUCCAUUCCUUUUGACCUUUAUACUAAAUAUUCAAAUUUGAUCACAGUAAUGUUGGGUUGAUGGAGCGCACAUUAAAGAGGUUGUAAUCUGUGUAAAGACAAUAAAAUCAAGAUCUAUUGUCUUCUAGUGUUGUUGAGGGAGCACAUCUGUGCGAGUGUGUAAUGGCAAAGUCACGUAGGGAAAGCUUGUAAAUAUGCCUGUGUACCUUAUCGUUUCUUCACGCUCAGUCACUUGUAACUAUAUUAUUAUGACUGAGACCAGAAACCACAGAUAAACUUUUAAUCUUCUUUGUCCUUGCCUACGAGUCAACUGUAUUUACAUCUGUGGUCAUGGAAACGGAUCAAUAAAAAGUGAGAUAAGCUUGCAAACA